UGCUUCAGCGGCAGCCUCUAGACCCAUAGCAACUCUGCUCUGCUCUGCUUCACUCGCUUGCCGUCUCCUUCCACUUGCCAAGCUGAGCUGAGCUGAGCUGAGCUGCCUGCCUGUGCAUCUAUCCUCCUCCUCCUCCUCCUCUCGCUCGUUGAAUACGAGUACUAGCUAGUUCAGUUCAACGGCAUUCAUGGCCCCUUCUUCUUCUUCAGCCGCCUCCACCUUCCUGCAGAAACCCCAAACAAGCCCCCUCGCCCGCCGCUCAUCGUCAGCGCUGCUCCUCCGCCCGCGCCCGCGCCACAACCUAGUCCCGCUGUGCCGCAGGCAGGCGGUGCAGGAAUUGCCGGCGGUGGAUGCCGCGGCGGGCCGCACGGACUGCUUCGGAGUCUUCUGCACCACCUACGAUCUCAGGGCGGAUGAAGAGACCAAAUCAUGGAAGAAACUAGUAAACGUUGCUGUGUCAGGUGCAGCCGGAAUGAUAUCGAAUCAUCUCCUUUUCAAACUUGCAUCCGGCGAGGUGUUCGGGCCAGACCAACCAAUAGCCCUUAAAUUACUGGGAUCCGAAAGAUCAUUCCAAGCGUUGGAAGGUGUCGCUAUGGAACUGGAGGAUUCCCUGUAUCCCCUCCUAAGGGAAGUUAGCAUUGGCAUAGAUCCUUACGAGGUAUUUCAAGAUGUAGAAUGGGCUCUUCUAAUUGGCGCGAAGCCCCGAGGCCCUGGAAUGGAGCGAGCUGACUUACUCGAUAUCAAUGGCCAAAUUUUUGCUCAACAGGGAAAGGCACUUAAUGCUGUAGCAUCUAGGAAUGUGAAAGUUCUUGUGGUGGGCAACCCAUGCAACACCAACGCUUUGAUUUGUUUGAAGAAUGCCCCUGACAUACCAGCGGAAAAUUUCCAUGCGCUGACAAGGUUGGAUGAAAAUAGGGCCAAGUGCCAGCUAGCACUAAAAGCUGGUGUAUUUUACGACAAAAUAUCAAACAUGACUAUUUGGGGGAACCAUUCAACAACUCAGGUUCCAGAUUUCUUGAACGCAAGAAUUGACGGCAAGCCAGCAAAAGAAGUUAUUAGGGACACUAAAUGGUUGGAAGAAGAAUUCACGAAAACAAUUCAGAAGCGUGGAGGUGUGCUCAUCCAAAAGUGGGGCAGGUCUUCAGCUGCAUCUACAGCUGUUUCUAUAGUCGAUGCCAUUAGGUCACUCGUAACCCCAACCCCGGAAGGCGAUUGGUUCUCCUCAGGGGUUUACACGAAUGGGAAUCCUUAUGGCAUAGCAGAGGACAUUGUGUUCAGUAUGCCAUGUAGAUCAAAGGGCGACGGCGACUACGAACUAGUUAAGGAUGUCAAGAUAGACGAAUUCCUCUGGGAACGGAUAAAAAAGAGUGAAGAUGAAUUGCUAGCUGAAAAGAGAUGUGUUGCCCAUCUUACAGGAGAGGGUGAUGAAUUCUGCGAUGUUCCAGAGGAUACAAUGCUUCCAGGGGAGCAGUAGUGCUAAGGUGCUACUGCUACAUACAUUAUACUCCAUAUUGUGCCGUGCGUCAAUGCACGAUACAGAUUGCAUUACAGAUUACACAGAUUGGAAUUAGAGGCAGGUGUGGUGUGCCUGCGAGGGAAACGAAGGGCAUGCACCUAAUAUAUAUAUCAAACAAGACAUAUACUUAUUUUUACUAACCACAGCAAAACAGAGUAUGCGAACUUCCUCUUCUUUUUAAACUGUCUUCUCCUGUUCUGAAAUGAAAGUAUGUAUCUCUCUUGGAUGCC